AUGUUCGCAAUUAUUUUCAACUCGGACGGGCCACCAUGUACAUUUGAGGACAUGUCCGCAAAUAUUUUCAAAUCGGAAGGCCCACUAUGUACGUUUGAGGACAUGUUUACAACUAUUUUCAACUCGCAGGGGCCACUAUGUACUUUUGAGAACAUGUUCGCAACUAGUUUCAACUCAGACGGGCCACUAUGUACUUUUGAGGACAUGUUCGCAACUAUUAUCAACUCGGACGGGCCACUAUGUACUUUUGAGGACAUGUUCGCAAAUAUUUUCAGCUCGGACGGGCCAUUAUGUACUUUUGAGGACAUGUUCGCAACUAUUUUCAACUCGGACAGGCCACUAUGUACUUUUGAGGACACGGUCGCGACUAUUUUCAACUCGGACGGGCCAUUAUGUACUUUUGAGGACACGUUCGCAACUAUUUUCAACUCGGACGGGCCACUAUGUAGUUUUGAGGACAUGUUCGCAACUAUUAUCAACUCGGACGGGCCACUAUGUACUUUUGAGGACAUGUUCGCAACUAUUUUCAACUCGGACGGGCCACUAUGUACUUUUGAGGACAUGUUUGCAACUACUUUCAACUCGGACGGGCCACUAUGUACUUUUGAGGACACGGUCGCGACUAUUUUCAACUCGGACGGGCCACUAUGUACUUUUGAGGACACAGUCGCGACUAUUUUCAACUCGGACGGGCCACUAUGUACUUUUGAGGACACGGUCGCGACUAUUUUCAACUCGGACGGGCCACUAUGUAUUUUUGAGGACACGGUCGCGACGAUUUUCAACUCGGACGGGCCACUAUGUACUUUUGAGGACACGGUCGCGACUAUUUUCAACUCGGACGGGCCACUAUGUACUUUUGAGGACACGGUCGCGACUAUUAUCAACUCGGACGGGCCACUAUGUACUUUUGAGGACACCUUCGCAAAUAUUUUCAACUCGGACGGGCCACUAUGUACUUUUGAGGACACGGUCGCGACGAUUUUCAACUCGGACGGGCCACUAUGUACUUUUGAGGACACGGUCGCGACUAUUUUCAACUCGGACGGGUCACUAUGUACUUUUGAGGACACGGUCGCGACUAUUAUCAACUCGGACGGGCCACUAUGUACUUCUGAGGACACCUUCGCAAAUAUUUUCAACUCGGACGGGCCACUAUGUACUUUUGAGGACACGGUCGCGACGAUUUUCAACUCGGACGGGCCACUAUGUACUUUUGAGGACACGGUCGCGACUAUUUUCAACUCGGACGGGUCACUAUGUACUUUUGAGGACACGGUCGCGACUAUUAUCAACUCGGACGGGCCACUAUGUACUUUUGAGGACACCUUCGCAAAUAUUUUCAACUCGGACGGGCCACUAUGUACUUUUGAGGACACGGUCGCGACUAUUUUCAACUCGGACGGGCCACUAUGUACUUUUGAGGACACGGUCGCGACUAUUUUCAACUCGGACGGGCCACUAUGUACUUUUGAGGACACGGUCGCGACUAUUUUCAACUCGGACGGGCCACUAUGUACUUUUGAGGACACGGUCGCGACUAUUUUCAACUCGGACGGGCCACUAUGUACUUUUGAGGACACGGUCGCGACUAUUUUCAACUCGGACGGGCCACUACGUACUUUUGAGGACACGGUCGCGACUAUUUUCAACUCGGACGGGCCACUAUGUACUUUUGAGGACACGGUCGCGACUAUUUUCAACUCGGACGGGCCACUAUGUACUUUUGAGGACACGGUCGCGACUAUUUUCAACUCGGACUGGCCACUAUGUACUUUUGAGGACACGGUCGCGACUAUUUUAAACUCGGACGGGCCAGUAUGUACUUUUGAGGACACGGUCGCGACUAUUUUAAACUCGGACGGGCCACUAUGUACUUUUGAGGACACGGUCGCGACUAUUUUAAACUCGGACGGGCCACUAUGUACUUUUGACGACACGGUCGCGACUGUUUUCAACUCGGACGGGCCACUAUGUACUUUUGAGGACACGGUCGCGACUGUUUUCAACUCGGACGGGCCACUAUGUACUUUUGAGGACACGGUCGCGACUAUUUUCAACUCGGGCGGGCCACUAUGUACUUUUGAGGACACGGUCGCGACUGUUUUCAACUCGGACGGGCCACUAUGUACUUUUGAGGACACGGUCGCGACUAUUUUCAACUCGGGCGGGCCACUAUGUACUUUUGAGGACACGGUCGCGACUAUUUUCAACUCGGACGGGCCACUAUGUACCUUUGAGGACACGGUCGCGACUAUUUUCAACUCGGACGGGCCACUAUGUACUUUUGAGGACACGGUCGCGACUGUUUUCAACUCGGACGGGCCACUAUGUACUUUUGAGGACACGGUCGCGACUAUUUUCAACUCGGACGGGCCACUAUGUACUUUUGAGGACACGAUCGCGACUAUUUUCAACUCGGUCGGGCCACUAUGUACUUUUGAGGACACGGUCGCGACUAUUUUCAACUCGGACGGGCCAUUAUGUACUGUAUUACAACGCUUGCUUUUGGUGACAUCGUGGCCGCCGGUCUGCUCGCCUCCUCAGCUGAUUUGCUCGGAAUAUAUUUUAAUUUGA